ACCAGACCCGGCCCAUCCAUGGCAGAUUUACUCCACACAUUUCGCUCUCCACGCCUCUCGGGUUUUCUCUCUCAGUCGCAGAAAGAGCGCAAGCAAGUCUUCCUGGACGCUCCUGCAAUCUCUCCGGAACUCUGUUCUUUCGUUCCCGAUGGCGACCGCGAGGAUUGCUGCGAGAUACGUCUCACGUAGGCUCUCUAGCAGCGGCAAGAUUCUCAGCGAGGAGGAAAAAGCCGCGGAAAAUGUCUACAUCAAGAAAAUGGAACAAGAGAAGCUAGAGAAGGUUGCACGCAAGGGCCCAAAACCGGGAGAAACGUCUGGGGGUUCAGUUACCGAUGCCGCACCCGGCGCGUCUUCAGCAUCCGGUGCCUCGACCAAGAAAGUGUCGACCGACAAGCACAGGAAUUAUGCAGUCGUAGCUGGUACUGUAACGGCUCUCGGCGCUCUGGGAUGGUAUCUCAAAGGCAGUUCCAAGAAGCCCGAAGAAGUCCAAGACUGAAUCGUGACUCCCCACCCGCCAUCGGCGGCGUUGAUGUUUCGCUGUGCAAUGCAACCCCCAACCGCCGGAUUGGGGCAGUCAUAAUAAAUACUUGAAACAAGUUUCCAUUUUUUCUUCA